GGUCCGUGGAAGUUGCCUUGUUUGCGUCCACUUCUUCUCUUCAACGUGCUUUUCCUCCAUUUACUUUCUUUCACGCUGCAACUUCUCCCUCCUCAACCAUCCAGAUGAAGAAAUCGGCUUUUAUUGCCGCCUCCGUCGCCGGCGCCUCCGCCGCCGUCUCUGCUUCUCCUUCUUCUUCCACGUUCGUCUGUAAUCCCAAAGUUCAAUUUCCUCGCCAGGAGGGAAAGGUCGAAGAGAACUCGUCGUCUUCCGCAGAUAAAUUUGCUCCCAAAUUUGACGGAUUGAGAUUCAUCGAAACUCUGGUGACGGCUCACAGAUGAGCUUCGACGGCGACGGCGACGGAACCCACCGCCGCAACUUUGUACGUCGCUUUUUAAUUCGCCAGCACGCAAGCACAUUGAACAAUUACUUUAUAAUAAUUUUCCAUUAUUUAAUCCAAUAGUUGAAAAACGUGUUUUUGGUUUCGAGGGGAUUUCUCUCUCUUUUCUAUUUUGCUUUGGUCAUUUAGGCGAAUCAUUCACAGCUCAAAACAUAGAUUUGAAAAGUAAGAAUUGCUUGUAAAUUGCACUAAAAAAAAACUACGUCUUUUAGCCUUUUAGGGGAAAAGAAACAGACAGACGUGUGCAUGUUUUAUUUUAUCACGCAUCCGAGUUUUCUUUAUGAAUAAAAUAAUAAAAGUAUUUUCUGAUGAGUUCCUUUGCCAAAGGGAGGGGAAAAAA